UUUGCAUUUUCUGGAAAGGAAACCAAUAAAAGAAUUUCAUUACUUCACUUUCAUUUUAGUUGAUCUGAUUGACAUAAAGAUAAAAUAAGGGAACAUUUAUAUGCUUUGUUGCAUGUAAACAAAUAUUCCUCAAAUGCUACUUCCUCUGAUUCAUUCAGCAAAAGCAUGAACUUGUGCUUCUUGAAUACAGCAUGUCUCGGCAGAAAUUUUUCAUGUUCCAGCGCAAAGAAGAAAUAUGAAAAACAUGAUAAGAUUUACCAAACCAAGAAAUCGAAACUCCCUUUCCCAAGAUCCUACCCAACCCCACUCUUAACAGACCAGAAAAUCCAGUCGCAAUCAAAGCUCCAGGCCCUUGAAACUGUCAUAAACAAGUUAGAAUCCUCACUCAAAAAUGGUGUAGUCAUCAACGACCCUCAAAUCUUUGCAUCCCUUCUGGAGACCUGCUUCCAAUUGAAAGCAAUUGAUUACGGGAUUAAAGUUCAUGGGCUUAUUCCCGAGAAGCUUUUACGUAAGAAUGUGGGCAUCUUGUCCAAGCUUCUGCGGUUGUAUGCUUGUAAUGGGCAGGUGGAAAAGGCUCACGAGAUGUUUGAUGUAAUGCCUGACAGAAACUCGUCGGCUUUUCCCUGGAAUUCGCUUAUUUCGGGUUAUGCGGAGGAGGGUCUGUAUGAAGAUGCUUUGGCGUUGUAUUUUCAGAUGGUGGAAGAGGGAGUGGAGCCUGAUCAGUACACUUUUCCGAGGGUGUUGAAAGCUUGUGGAGGAGUGGGUAUGAUUCAAGUUGGUGAAGAAGUCCAUCGUCAUGUGAUUCGUUUUGGGUUUGGAAACAAUACGUUUGUGUUAAAUGCACUUGUCGAUAUGUAUGCUAAGUGUGGAGAUAUUAUUAGAGCUAGGAAGGUUUUUAAUAGCAUUGAUAAAAAAGCAUUGGUUUCUUGGAAUUCAAUGAUUGUUGGGUAUAUUAGGCAUGGUCUUAUAGUGGAAGCAAUGUCCAUAUUGCGGUGGAUGAUAGAAGAGGGAUGUGAACCUGACUCAGUUACGCUGUCUGCGGUUCUGACUAGUAUGUCGCCUUAUAAAAUUGGAACACAAAUUCACGGAUGGGUUUUCCGUAGAGGGACUGAGUGGAAUUUAUCUGUUGCUAAUUCUAUGAUUGUUUUCUACUCGAACCAAGAUAAGUUGGAAAAGGUAAAAUGGUUGUUUGAAUGCAUGCCGAAAAGGGAUGUGGUAUCGUGGAAUUCUAUAAUUUCAGCUCACUCAAAGGAUUCUGCAGCCAUAGAGUACUUCAACCGUAUGAUGGACUCUGAUGCCUCACCAGAUGGUAUUACAUUUGUACCUUUGUUAUCUGCUUGUGCUCAUUUGGGAAUGGUGAAGGAUGGGGAGAGGAUGUUUUCAAUGAUGGUUGAGAGGUAUCAGAUUAGUCCAAGUAUGGAGCACUAUGCUUGUAUGGUCAAUCUUUACGCGAGGGCAGGAUUGCUUAGUGAAGCAUAUGACUUUGUGGUGAACAGAAUGGAGAUUGAGGCUGGUCCGACUGUUUGGGGAGCAUUGCUGUAUGGUUGUUAUCUUCACGGCAAUGCCGAAGUUGGAGAGAUAGCUGCAAACCAUCUGUUUGAGUUGGAGCCGGAUGGUGAACACAAUUUUGAACUCUUGAUCAAGAUUUAUCGUAAAGCUGGUCGCUAUAAGGAUAUAGAAAGAAUAAGAAGUAUGAUGAUGGAAAGAGGACUAGAACUAUAGGUUGCUUCCCUUUUAGCAGUAAGAGGAAAUAUCGCUUCCACUGGCAAUGAUGGAGAUGUCUUGUAACUACUAUGGUGUUCUAUUUACUUAUGCUGGCUUCAUGGAAGGCAAGGGACAUCACUUGAAUUUCUGGUCUCUAUGAUUCAUUGAAUCAGAACAUACUUCCAUGAGUUUACCCAACUUGAUUCCCUUGCUUCACAGAUACAUUCUCCAACAUGAUACAAACGAGAGAACACCGUACAGCCAGGUUCUUGAUUGAAGAAACAUGUUCAAUAUAUACUUCCAUUGCUGCUACAUUUUAUAUGAAAUGAAAAGCUUCCCAACUCGCAGCCCAAAACAGUUAAAAGUAAUGAACAUUCAAAACUGACGAAAUCAUCUGUGCUGCCUAAAAUUCUUGCUUUUGUGUGGAUUGGAUUGUCAAGUGUACAAAUUUAUUAUUCUUGAAUCUCCAUGUUCCCAAGUCAAAAAUGGAUGCAUAGAUGCUUCUGAACUCUGUUGUCAUUGCAUAGUAAUUAAUUAUUGGUUGUGAAAUUGAAUUGCUGGCUGCUUAGCA